AUGGAACUGUCCCAGCUCCUCAAUGAGAUCAGGGCAAAGUAUGAAACGCUCAUCACCAGAAGUCAGACAGAGACCAUCCUCUCAGCAGGGACCCAGCUAGAAGAAGCUACCAGUGAAAGAAUGGACAAAGAUGAAGAAGCUCUAAAAGCAGCCAGGGCAGAACUAAAGGAAGCUAGACGUCAGUGGCAUCACAUGCAGAGGGAAAUUGACACUCUCCAUGUCGUGGAAAAAGGCCUGGAAAGUUCUCUGCGUGCCACGGAACAGCAGUACCAGACUCAGCUAAAACAUUUAGAAAGAGAGAUUGAAGGUUUAGAGAAAGAGCUACAAGACGUGCGGCAAGGCAUUGAGAAACAGCUGCAGCAACAUGAAGAAUUACUGAACACUAAAAUGAGGCUUGAACAAGAGAUAGCUACAUAUCGCAGUCUUCUGGAGGAGGAGGAGGAAAGGUUUCAUUGUUCUACACGCAAAGAAAGAAAAGAAGCCAAAAAGCCCACCACUAGCAGAAUAGCAUUUAUCUUGCCUUCAUCUAGCGAGCUGAAGAAGCAUGAGAUUGAAAAAGUAGAAAUAUUGACAAAGCAAGCGGUCUUAAAUGGAGGUGCUGUGAAAGACAGUGCAGAAGCUCAUGGCACGAUACAGACAGAAAAAGUGGAUGAAGUAAUUAAAGAAUGGGAAGGCUCUUUCUUUAAGGACAACCCUCGCUUAAGGAAAAAAUCUGUUUCUUUGCGCUUUGAUCUCCACCUAGCAGCAACAGAUGAAAGCUGUUUACAGACUAAACAGAAAAGCCUGCCAGAUAUUGAAGUGAGAUUAGUAAUGAGGCGGUCCUGCAGUAUCCCAUCCAUCAAAACCUAA